UCCGCAGUCGGCCGGCGAACGUUGUCGAGAUAGAACGUGAUGGCACAUAAAUUGCUUUAUUUUGUUGUGUUAAUGGCCUGGUGCCAUGCACAACCGCGAGCAGCUCAAUAUGUGGUGCCAGCAGCUAAACUUGAAGCCAUAUACCCUAAAGGUCUGAGGGUCUCCGUUCCAGAUGACGGCUUCUCUCUUUUUGCUUUUCACGGCAAGCUCAAUGAAGAAAUGGAAGGUUUAGAAGCUGGGCACUGGGCAAGAGAUAUUACAAAAGCCAAGGAGGGCAGGUGGACCUUCAGAGAUCGAAAUGCCCAAUUGAAAUUGGGAGACAAGAUUUACUUCUGGACUUACGUCAUAAAGGAUGGCUUAGGAUACAGACAGGACAAUGGUGAAUGGACAGUCACAGAGUUUGUCGACGAGGAAGGUAAACCCGUGGAUCCAAGUCUGGCACCUGAACCAGCACCAACUCCACAGAAACCCCAAGAACCAAAUAGGCCAUCGCCUCCUGCACCUAGACCUGAUCCACCAUGUCAAAUAUCUAAAACUACCGUUCAAGGCAGGAAUGCGGUUUGCGCUGGAAGUUUGAUCUUCAGUGAGGACUUUGACAAACAAGGAUUACAAAACUUGGUUAACUGGGAGGCCGAAAUCAAGUUUCCUGAAGAACCGGAUUAUCCGUUCAACGUGUACAUGGCAGAUGAAACGUUAGCCUUAAAUGAUGGAAACCUUGUCAUCAGUCCCAAACUACUGGAAUCACAUUUCCACCAGGGUAUCCUGUCCGAGAGUCUCGAUCUGACUAAUAGGUGUACAGGACCUAUCGACACAUCACAAUGUAAACGCCAAUCGUUGGGUGCCCAAAUUCUACCUCCGGUCAUGACUGGAAAGAUUACCACCAAGAAUAAAUUCAAUUUUAUAUUUGGAAAAAUUGAAGUGCGCGCCAAGUUACCUGCUGGAAAUUGGUUGAUACCUGAAAUAAACCUCGAACCUCGCGAAGAUGCUUACGGCUCCCGUCGCUAUGAGUCUGGUCUGAUGAGAGUAGCUUUCGCUAAAGGAAACGCGAUCUUCGCCAAGAAACUGUAUGGUGGACCAGUACUAUCAGACUCUGAACCGUUUAGGACCCUGUUAUUGAAGGAAAAGAUCGGCAUCGACAACUGGAACAGAGACUAUCAUAAUUACACGUUAAUUUGGAAGCCAGACGGCAUCGAGGUUUUAGUAGACAAUGAGAGGUAUGGAACCAUUAAUGCUGGUGAGGGUUUCUACUCCAGUGCUCGGGAACACGCGGUGCCGCAUGCUGCAACCUGGCUCAGAGGCACCGUGAUGGCACCACUCGAUAAACUGUUCUAUGUUUCCCUGGGUCUUCGAGUUGGAGGUGUCAAUGACUUCGCUGACGUCACAGACAAGCCGUGGAGGAACCGAGCGAUCAAGGCUGUGCUGAACUUCUGGAAUGACAAAGACAAUUGGUACCCAACCUGGUACGACUCAAACCUGAAGGUGGACUACGUUAGGGUUUAUGCUCUGUGAUAAUGGUACUGAAAAUAUACUUUAUGACACAUAGAAUUAAGUUUAUAAUAAAACAAUGCAUUUUCUAUAUUAUUGUAAA